ACGGAGUUCGUGCAGCAUAUUAGCAUAUUAGAGAGAGAGAGAGAGAGAGAGAGAGAGAGAGAUGGUUUCCCUAGUGCAGGAAACAGAAGCUGAAUCAAUCCAAGCCCAAGCCCAGCUCUGGAAAUUCGUCUAUGGGUUCGCCGAAUCCUUAGUCCUUCGCGCCGCUGUCGAGCUUGGCCUUCCUGACAUUAUCCACAACAAUGGCGGCCCCAUCACACUCUCUCAGGUGGCAUCCAAGCUCCCAUUCCCCCCCGUCGACUCCGACCACUUACGCCGGAUAAUGCGGUUCUUGGUUCACAUGAACAUCUUCUCCCAAGACGUCUCCGGCAGCGAAGAGCAGUACGGUCUAGAACCAGCUGCUCGGCUACUGCUGAAAGGCACAGAGAAGAGCAUGAUCCAAAGCAUACUCGGCAUGACUCAAAAAGAUUUCAUGCUUCCAUGGCAUUACCUGAAGGAUGGACUUGGCGAUGACGGGACCGCAUUCGAGAAAGCGAUGGGGAUGACGAUCUGGGACUACUUAGACGCCCACCCAGAGAAUAGCCAGCUCUUCAAUGAGGGAAUGGCCGCUGAGACACGGCUUCUCACUGAGUCGCUUGUCAAUGGCUGUGAUGACAUUUUUCGAGGAGUGGAUUCUCUUGUUGAUGUUGGAGGAGGAAAUGGAACCGCACUUAAGGCUAUUUCCAAGGCCUUUCCACAUAUAAAGUGCACCGUCUUCGAUCUUUCUCGAGUUAUUGAUGAGUCACCGGACAUUCCUGGCCUGGACCGGGUUGCAGGAGACAUGUUCACAUCUGUGCCCAGUGCCCAGGCUAUUUUAUUGAAACAAAUUCUGCAUGAUUGGAGCGACGAAGAUUGCCUUAAAAUUCUGAAGAAAUGCAAGGAAGCAGUGCCGAUCAAUGGAGGGAAGGUGAUCAUCCUCGACGUGGUGUUAGACGAGACGUCAGAUCAUGAACUGACCAAGCCGAGGAUGGUUUUGGACAUUGACAUGCUAGUAAACACUGGUGGGAAGGAGAGGACUAUAGAGGAUUGGAAUAAGUUGAUUAAGAAGGCUGGAUACAAAGGGUGCAACAUAAGGCACAUAGGCAGCAUACAGUCUGUUAUUGAGGCCUUUCCUCACUAGCAUUAGAUAAAAGAGAUUAGUAGUUUUUAUUAAUAAUGAGCAUGAUUAAAUACAUUCACUGUAUGUGAACUUGCACUCACAACCCUAUUUUCCACUGCUGACGUGUUGCUCCUGUGGAGCUUCCUAGCCUUGAAAAAUGUGGGCCAACCGUAGAAAUCAAUGUAUGGUGGAUGGUGUGAUUCAACUAAGAGGUGUUGUCCACUCGUGGUAUGAUGAAAGUGUGUUUUGCUUUCGAUUGAAAUAGAUGCGUGUUGAUUAUCCUCGUUUCUCAAUUGGGUGAUGUAUGCGUUAUGCAGAGAAAAUGCAUGAAUAUAAAUAUAUGUAUGUGUGUGUGGGAGAACGUGGGCGGCGCUUUUUGUCUACCUAGUUGAGAAAGAAAUAAAGGCUCUUGCUAUGA